UAAUAAAUUUAAUGAACAUUUGGCAUUAAUAGAUAGGUAAUAUUAGUAACAGGAUGGGGGUUCAAUAUUCAAGGUUUACAUAAUUGAAUUUUUUAUUUUAUCCAAAGCAUUCUAACAUGAAUCAUUUUUGACGGUUUUUAAUAAGUGUGUUACUCCAAAAGAUAUUUUAUCAGUUUUUGAUAUUUUGAAAGAUGGAGAACGAUCUGCUUUUGGAAUACAUUACAGAAUCUAAAAAUCUGUCAUUUUUAUAUGACCCGAAAUCAUAUUACAAUCAAUUAUGUAGUAUGAUGAGAAAUGCCAAGGAGAAGAUAGUGAUUUCUUGUCUAUACAUAGGAACACUACCCUUGGAACAAGAUUUUGUAAAUUGCAUCUUUGAAGCAAAGGAAAAUAACCCUGAUUUAGUCGUAGAAUUGCUCCUGGAUAAACAAAGAUCUAUGAGAAGAGAAAAUACAGGCAAAUGUAUCCUGGAUUUAAUCAAACCCCUUUUGAAACAAAAGAAUGUUAGCCUCCGCUUAUACCAUUCACCACUGUGUGACCCACUUUUUAAUGAAAUAUUGAGACCGCCAUAUUCGGAAGUACUAGGAACACUACACAUGAAGAUUUACGUAGCAGAUAGUGUUACGGUUAUCAGCGGAGCCAACUGCUCAACACCAUAUUUCACAAACAGAAUGGAUAGAUACAUGGUUGUGGAUGACGAGCUUUUCUCAAAUUUAAUGCGUACAAUAGUUAAGACGGUGGGAACAAUAGCAUAUAAAACUACGGAAAAUUUAGAGUUUGUAUGGGACUCUGACCUGAUUAACCCACUGGAUGACUUUUUGCUUUUCAAGAAACAAAUCUAUAGACGUUUCGUGACUAUGAUAAAGAUGUGUAACGACGCUUUGGAGCCAAUUUUAAUGGCAAAAGUGUUCGCAAACCUGGGCCCUGAAGAGAAGAAAUCAAGGACUGGAAAACUGUUUAAUAAGCUUGUUCACCGCAGGAAAUCUUUAAGUGGGACAGGCAGUAUAUUAAGCAAUCAGAGUGUUGGCCAAGAAACUUUUGACCACUCCAGAAGAGAAAGCUUCGACUUUUAUACGCCAAGAGAUGUAAACGAGGAGGAAUUUUUGGAAGAGUUGUACAUCAAAGAAUCAUUAAGCGGCAAUUAUUCAGUAAGCCCAAGAUCAUACCUAAAAAGGUCUAACAAUAAUAGCAUUAAUAGUUGGAGAAAUAUGAAUGGGACUGCAAGAAGCGGUAGAAACAUGAAUGGAUUUAAAACUAUCAGACACAAUGGGAAGCAUGAAUAUUGCUCAAUAUGUAAUAACUAUAGCGGAACAGUACUUGAUGACAUCGACCACACUCCAUAUCGCAUUAUGAGACGUUAUCCACCGAUGGAAGGUUUUACAAGGUUUAUGCUGUUCUUCCAGCUAGGAUUCUCAGACCCGCCAUUCAGACAAGAUGAGGAGCUCUGCAAAGACCUCAUGAUUAAGUAUCGUAAAUCAGGGCAUUCAUUAAUUUUGGCAACCUCUUACCUUAACUUCACCAAAGAUUACUCAGAUUUGGUAACAUAUAUGCUUAAUUGCAAGAGCUCAGAGAAUAUGGGAUCAUUUUAUGUUUUAACUUCGUCCCCUACAGCGAACGAUUUCCACAACUGUACUGACUCAAAGAGGCUAAUUCCCAAGUUAUACUGCCACUAUCAAAACCUACUCCUGGAAUACGUAUUCAAGAGGAGCCCACGGUAUUCCAAAGAUAAGGACGAAGAAGAAAAUGACUCAUUCUACUAUGAGUAUCAUAACCCAGGAUACACAUUCCAUCACAAAGGAAUAUGGGUUUUCGAAGGAGAAAUACCCAAAAACGCCAAAGAUCUUACAUUUGAAGAGUUUAAGAAGAGUAUUAAGGGACCAUGCGCCAUGCUGAUAGGAAGUUCUAACCUGUCAAGGAGGUCCCAUAACAAGGACUUGGAAAUGAAUAUUCUGGUAGAAACCAACUCAGUUAACGUUUUAGAUCCACUCAAGUACGAAGCAUACAUCUUGUUUUCAAACGCAACGCCAGUCAAGAAAAGUACAACCUCAAAAAGAUCAAAACUCAUUUAUCGUAUAUUUGCCUUCAUCCUUCGCCAAUAUUUGUAAUCCCCCAUCCCCUACUCUCUUUCAUUUUAAUGUAUUAGCAUAUUC